ACAUGCUGACUACUAAGGGAUCUGCUAGUGACCAUAGACUGUUAACACCGUAUUUACAGUCUAGUCUGCUCUAAAACAAACCACCAUGCGAAGGAUGGCUGAGCAGAUACAACCUACCAAAGAACAGUGCUCCUGGAUCUCCAGCUGGCUCCCCUCUUGGUGCCCCACUUCUCCCUCUCAGCUGAAAGAUGCAGAGGAGAAAAUGCUCAAGAGUGUAAAGCUGCCUUUCUCCAGGCAGCACGUCCGGAUAUCCAACAACAACUAUCUGUGGACCUUAGCUUUUUUCACUCAGCCACCUCCAUGCUCUCCUUCCGGGCCCCUUGCCCAGCCCAGGCCCCCUCUGGUUCUGCUGCAUGGCUUUGGAGGUGGGGUUGCUCUUUGGGCCCAAAACCUGGACUCUCUCUCCAGCAGCGGACCGGUCUACACUCUGGACCUGCUGGGCUUUGGCAGGAGCAGCCACCCCCAGUUCAGCACGGACCCCGAGGGGGCUGAGGACCAGUUUGUGUCGGCCCUGGAGGAGUGGAGGGACAAGGUGGGACUGGAGGACAUGGUGCUGCUGGGACACAACCUCGGGGGAUACCUGUCUGCUGCCUACACACUCAAAUACCCACACAGGGUAAAACAUCUGCUGUUAGUGGAGCCAUGGGGGUUCCCAGCACGUCCAGACAACCCCAACCACAGCUCCAUCCCGGUGUGGAUCAGAGCCAUGGGGGCUGUUAUGAGCCCCUUCAACCCUCUGGCUGGACUCAGACUGGCUGGGCCUCUAGGUCCUAUGCUGGUCCAGACAGUCAGGUCAGAUUUCAAGCAGAAGUACUCUUCCGUUUUUGACGACAACACAGUAUCGGACUACAUCUACCAUCUAAAUGCCCAGACGCCAAGUGGAGAAACGGCCUUUAAGAACAUGACCAUUCCCUAUGGUUGGGCUAAGAGGCCCAUGCUGGAGAGGAUCGACCAAGUCCAGGCUGACAUCCCCAUUUCCUUCAUCUAUGGAUCACGCUCCAGCAUUGACAGUGACUCUGGAUACGCGUUAAAGAAAACCAGACCAGAUGUGCAAAUCAUUGUCAUCAGAGGAGCCGGCCAUUACGUCUUCGCCGACCAGCCCGAUGACUUCAACCAGACAGUCCUUCAGAUCCUCGCUGGGACGGAGAAGAAAAGCCGAGGUGAGGAAACGGAGCCGUGAGAGCUCCCUCAAUCAGACGACACACGGGACGGACAUGGUUUAACGAA